ACCAUGAUCGGAAGUUGUUGAACACGGAAAUGGUGCUGUCAAUCCCACUGAAGAAGACUAAUCCGGUGGAGCUGUACCUGCCGUUACGCAAGUUGGUAGCCUCAGAAUACUCGGAGAGCGAUGCAGAAAAAGUUGAAAGCGUUCUGGAAACCCUAAACAAAUGCCGCAGGGACAUGGUGGAGCGUAGAGGGGACCUCUCCCUUCCCAUGCAACGUGACUGCCUCAUCCACUACUUCAAAUGCCUUUGCAUGGUUGAGCCACUCUUCAACCCUGAGCAUAAGGAUGGGGUCUCCUCACAGCGCAACGCCAUCCAAUUGGAGAAGGCCGCUGUUCUCUUCAACAUUGGAGCCAUCCACAGCCAGAUUGCUGCCUCUUGCGACCGUACCACCGCCCUUGGCCGUCACCUUGCAAUGGACGCCUUUAGAGUUGCCGCCAAUUUCUUCGACAUACUCUGGAAGGAUUUUGCCAAGGACGUGGUCUCCGCCACCCUCGAUUUGACUCCACUCUUCGCGCAGUUUCUGCACUACCUCUUCCCCGCUCAGGCUUCCGAGCUCGAAUUACAGCAACAACUCAACAACAACGACGCCAGUAACGCUUUCCAAAAACACGAAUGUGCCGGGGAGUUUGUAUCGGUUUAUGGGCUUUAUUUGAGUGCAUGUUUAGUGAUAUCUAAGGUUUCGGGUGCCGCUGUACGGAAACAUGUCUACUCUUUUGACCGAACCUGGGUAACUCAUCUUCGCCAGAAGAUGAAAUUCUUUCAGCCGGAGGUUCGUCAGAGGAGGAAAUCAUCCUUCCUACCCGAAUCCGAGGGACCUGAUGUAUACUCAUGGGUCACAUCUUGUGCUCCUGAUGAUGAUGCAGAAUGUGUCACUGAGAUUUUAGUUAGAGGGUUUUGCAGGGGCUCGAUGAUGCCCGUGCUACCAAAAAAAUGAACAAAUAUGCAUUGACCUGAUCCUCUCAGAGUACAACCCUUUCAAGCUUAUGUAGGAUGGAAAGCUGGUGGCUUACCCAUGGGACAUGCCUCCUCCUUAUCCAACAAAUUAGGCAAUUCUCUCAUCUUCGGUGUCUUCUUCGCCGUUCUCACAUAUUCAUGCACUCCUUCCUUUGAAGAAGAGUGAGCCCUUGAAUCUCUAUGAGUCCCUGCGCAGUUACUUUGUCCUCAAAUACUCUGAGAGCAUGGCAAAGAGAGUAGAAGGCCUUGUCGCAAUGGUACACAAAUUGCGCAAUCAGAUGCUGCGUGAUGACCUUUCUUUGCCCUUUCGCCGUGACUGCCUCAUCCGUUAUUUCAAAUGCCUUUGCAUGAUUGAGCCUUUCUUUCCUAUGAAUGGCUCACCCAACCCACAUAUCUUUGUUUGGUACAAUGCAAUUGACCCGUAACAGGACUCUUCUCAACAUAACAUCCAUUUGGAGAAGGCCUCUGUUCUCUUCAACCUGGUAGCCCUCUGCACCCACAUUGCUCUCUCCUGCGAUCUCUCCACCAACCAUGGCCAUCGCCUUGCCAUGGACGCCUUAAAGGAUCCUUUAACUUGGAUCUUUCGACUGUGGUUGAAUUCUAACAAUGUAUCUGGCACGUUUGACUUGUCCCAACAAUACAUCAGUAUGAUAAACAAUGAGAUUGACAAGUUGAAAUUGAAGUUUUGUCAUCCCCAAUCUGAUGUAUCAUCAUUAGCUGGAUACCCUGCUUCAACUUAUGAUCCGUCGAGUGAUGUCACCGAACAGUUUCUUUUAGGGUAUUGGAAGGCUCACUCCCUGCUUGGAGUGUUUUGUGAAGCACCAUGCUUGGACCUUCUCUCUGAGGUUAGCCCUGUCAAGAUUAAGGAUGGAAAUCUUGUGGCCAAUGUAACCUGGGAGGCACCAAAUUUGGCAUUGGAGAACAUGAGCUUGCAGGAGACACAACAUUAACAUUCCCGUUGAGAAAAACUAAACAAGCUUUAGAAAUGAACUUUACUUUUUUUUUUAAUUGGAUGUUGGAACUUUGUUUGUUGAUGCUAGAACUCUUCUUAUGAAAUAUUAUCCUCGUGAUUUUGUUGGUUGAUGUAUGAAUAUAUUCCUUUUUAUUCAUCACCAAGCAGCGAUUUG